AUGGGGAAUCAACCUGAUAAGAAGUUCACUUGGGUGAUUAAGAAUUUCUCCUCUUUGCAAUCUGAGAAGAUUUAUUCUGAUCAAUUCGUGGUUGGUGGCUGCAAAUGGCGUCUUCUUGCCUUUCCCAAGGGAAAUGAUAAGGCUAAUCAUUUCUCUCUGUAUCUAGUCGUUGCUGAUUAUAAUAUUUUGCCUAUUGGGUGGAGAAGACACGUUAAAGCUUCCUUUACUAUAGUAAAUCAGUUUUCGGAUAAACUGUCCCAACUUGGAGAAACUCAACCCUGGUUUGAUAGGAAGAGUCCUGACUGGGGGUUUACAGAAAUGAUUGCCCUUACCGAACUUAAGGCCAGAAAAGGAUUUCUGGUGAAUGAUGAACUCAUAAUUGUUGUCAAAGUUUAUGUUCUUGAAGUUGUAGGUAAAUUAGAUGUAUCAGAGGAAUCUUCACCAGUAAUAGAAACCAUAGAUGUCAAGGGGUUUCAAGUUUUUCCUUCACAGGUAGAAUCUGUAAACCGUUUGUUUGAAAGACACCAAGAUAUUGCAUCAAAAUUACGUCCAAAGAAUCCAUUUAUGAAGACGGCGUACAUGAAUCUCCUCCUAGGCUUAACCCGUACAAUGUGUCAAUCGCCUCAGGAAGUCUCCAAGGAUGAUAUAGCAGAGCAAUAUGCUGCUCUAGCGUACUUGAAAGAGGCGGGGUUUAAGUUGGAUUGGUUGGAGAAGAAACUUGAUAAAGUAAAGGAAAAGAAGGAGAAAGAAGAGGCAUUGAAGGAGAAGUGCUCAGACCUGGAAGCUCAAAUGAAAAAGGUGAAGGCCGAGUUGCUGGCAGCUAGAGCUCCUCUCUCCUUGUACGAUGACGAUGAUGAUGAGAGCCCUUUCAAGUUUAAGAAGAUGAAAAGAUAA